AAAUCAGUUCCACUCAGCUCUGGGGAUUCAUUCGUCUCCUACUUAGCCCAAUCAAACAUUGUCUAUAUUUUUCCCUCUAUUGUUUCGUUUCUCGCUCCCUCUCCUAUUAAUAAGAGAAAAAUGCUCGCGGGCGCAUAUUAACUAACCCUAGACGGAAACAGAUAAAGUGGACCAAAGUUAUUGAGCCACCGGGAAUAUUGCCUGGGGAUCUGAAAACUUUCGUCUUCGAAAAUGGCUGACUUGCCUCCACCGGAGGGCCAGCUAAACGGCGGAAGCUCUGCAGUAGAAAGAGUAGGACCUCCAAUUGCAGUUACGUCAUUUGAAACCGUCGGCUCCAAGCGCCAGCGAAGGCCCAGUGUCCGUCUAGGCGAAAUCGGCGGCGAACAGCUCUACGAUGCUCAUUCGCGGAGGACCGCCAAUAAUAAGCAAUGGAAGCAUCAUCAGCUCCUGUCUGUUGAUCACAAAAAGGACCCCAGUACUUCUAAUAAAGGCUCAAAGACCCGGGCUUUAACCAAUUUAACUACUAGCGGUGAGUUCGCUGAAACCCUAGAUGAGGACAAAGAGGUCAAUUUGGAUACCGUCGCAAUUGGAAGCUGGAGAGUCAAGGAUUCGAAAAAGCGGGCUUCCACUGCCACCACCAAGCGAGUCAGAUCCAAUUGGGUCUCCAAAAUCGAGGAUGCUGGCGGUGGCGGUGCCAACAACAAUGUCGAAGGAGAUGAGAAGUACAGCGGUGGUGAAGAUGUGGAUGAUGCUUAUCGUGGAUUCGAUAUGGAAAAUUCUGAAAGUCCGUUAAAGGAACAGUCUCCUAUUCACUCCCUCGAGAAUUUGGGAGAUGGGAACGAGAGAAAUGAGAGGGAAAUUUAUUACAAUAGACGGACAAUCAGAGCAAGGGAUAAUCACAAUCAUCAUCACGAUGGGGUUGAAUUAUCGGGUCCAUCGGAUACUGACGCCAGAGAUUACAGGAACAAUGGGAGGUAUGGUGGUGGAGGAGAGGAUGGGGUGAGGAUUUGGCUCAAUAGUAUAGGGUUAGGGCGAUAUGCACCAGUUUUUGAAAUCCAUGAGGUGGAUGAUGAGGUUUUGCCAAUGUUGACACUGGAGGAUUUGAAGGAUAUGGGGAUUAAUGCAGUUGGAUCAAGAAGAAAGAUGUUUUGUGCAAUUCAAAAGCUUGGCAAAGGGUUUUCUUGAUGUCUUCGGCGCAAGUAGUUUUGGUAUUCAAUGGAGGAUUUAUGUCUCAGUCAUGGUAAUUUAAGCUGCAUCAUGUCUGAACUUAAUCUGAGUCAUUUUGUUUCUAUCUAGUAGUAGCAGUAGCAAUAGUUUUUUGGUAUGAGUAGGAUAUUUUGGCAUAGUGUUUCUUAUUGCACUAUAUGAAUGCAUUUUUAAUUCAGUGCAAUUUUCUAAUA